AUGCGCCUGUCCACUGCCACCGUCGCUGCCUUGUCGCCUCUAGCCUUGGCUGCCCCGGUCACCAUCAGCGGUGCAUCGGGCACGGCCGACAUUAUCGUCAGAAAGAACAUGGGCGGAGUUGCGGGUGACCACAGCGACACCAGAAUCCUCGUUCCCCUGGGCCGUGUAUUCGCCGGCCAUCCUUCUCUCGACUUCGAGUCAACCCUCUCGCUCAACGCCGUGUACGGCGCCGACGUUGCGACUGUUAGCUGCACGCCGUUUAAAAACACCGACGGGACUGGCGAGACCGGUCCUUCGUUCUCCAAAGAACACCCGUCAUUCGUCUCGACUCACAACGACAAGGUUGGCAGCAUCUUUUGCAGCUAA